AUGAAGGCAUCCGCAAGGUCAGUCAUCCUUGCCAUGCUGGCCGGCACCAGCACGGCAGAGCGAUUUGUUGCCCCCAAUGCCCAGAGCCUGGCGGCUUUUGACUCCCCCCUGGCCGUUUCCAUGGAGGAGAUGAAGAGCAUGAAGAUUGCAGAGAGAGGGCAGGAUAUUGCAAAGGGUGUCUUUGACGAGGGCCGCUACAGGCUCCAGGUUGCCACCCCUUGCUCCAAUGGCAAAGCCGGCGAGUACUCGUGCAAGAAUGUCGAUCUAAAGGGUUUCCUGCGUCACGAGGAUAUGGGCAGUCAAACUCGGGCCGGCAAUGAUGUCUGGGGCCCCCGAGUUGCUUUGUUUGGAGACUUGGUUGCUGACCGGCUCGCUUCUUUGAUAGGCUGGACUUCUUCCACCGGCAGAGAGUUUGGGAUUGUCGGCCAAACCGACGGGUCUGCCUUUGUUGAGAUUCUCAAGGACGGCAGCCUCGUCAGCUUGGGACGGCUUCCCACGCAAACCAGCAGCUCUACCUGGCGCGACAUGAAAGUCAUUGGUGACCACGUCUACAUCGGCUCGGAAGCGCCCAGCCAUGGCCUCCAGAUCUUUGACCUGACCAAGCUCCUGACGGUCGAUCCCAAGAACCCGCCGACCUUUGACGUCAAGAAGGACCUGGCCGCGCACUUUGACGGCUUCGGCAGCAGCCACAACAUUGUGGCCCACGAGGGGAACAACAUCAUUUAUGCCGUUGGCACCGCCCGUGACGGCAAAUGCGCAGCAGGCCUGUGGAUGGUCGACGUGUCUGACCCCAAGAACCCCAAGGACGUCGGGUGUGCCGGUGCCGACGGCUACGUCCACGACGCGCAGUGCGUCACCUACAACGGCCCAGACACGGCGCACAGGGGCAAGGAGAUUUGCUUUGGCUACAACGAAGAUACCCUCACCAUCUACGAUCUCUCCGUCCGCUCGUCUCCCAAGAUUCUGUCUCGCACCCCCUACCAGGGCGCCACGUACACUCAUCAGGGCUGGACGACGGGUCCUGACCACCGAUACCUGCUGCUCGACGACGAGCUCGACGAGCAGAAGCAAAACGGCGCAGCCGCCGACGGCCGCACCACCACCUACAUUGUUGAUGCCGCCGACUUGUCCAAGCCUAUCUUCACCGGCUACUACAAGAGUCCCGCCAAGGCCAUCGACCACAACCAGUACGUCGUCGACGGGCUGUCCUACAUGUCCAACUAUGCAUCCGGCCUCCGUGUCGUCAACGUCACCUCUGUUUCCCACGAUGACACCGGUGCUGGCUUCGAGGAGGUCGCCUUCUUCGACGUGCGCCCCGAGGACGACGCCGUGGGUGGCGAGACAGUCUUCAAGGGUGCCUGGUCCGUCUACCCUUACUUCCAGAGCGGCCAUAUUCUUGUCAAUAGCAUUGAGCGAGGCAUCUUUUCCGUCAAGCUCACCCUGUAA